AUGAACGUGGUAUACAGGCGUAUUUCCCACGAGCUAAAGCUCAUCAGUAUGGCUGGGGAAACAUAUUUCAGGGUAUACCUUGACCCCAGCAAUAUGCUGAAUGUUCACUUUACCUUUCUCGGGCCCUCUGACAGCCCAUUUUCCAAGGGGUUAUACCACGGGAUCAUUCAUCUUCCACAAGACUACCCCCACAAGCCUCCUGAAAUUGUCUUCUUGACAAGCAGCGGUCGUUUUGAAACAAAUAGGUAUAUCUGCACUAGCUUUACCUCCUUCCACCCGGAGUCUUGGAAUCCGACCUGGGGGAUUCGAAAUAUUAUAAUAGGUCUCAGGUCUCUCUUUGAUGAGGAGACUCCUGGCAGCAUCGGAAGUAUCACUGCUUCUCCGGAGGUCAGAGAGAAGUAUGCAUUGGAUAGCCACUCCUUUACGUGUCGUGUUUGCGGCUGCUCCCAUGCCGACCUUGUCUCAGUCCUACACGAGUCUCCAGUAUCUACCCAAGAGCCUGCAGAUCAUAACUCAAGUCAGACACCUCCAACAACGGAUACAGUAGUACCCGGUGAUGUUGCUGUAGAGGCAUGUACCGAUAUGUCAGUGAGUAAUGAACCUAGUCAAGAUCAGGAACAGGAACAAGAGCAGAUAACAGAAGCACACUCACAAGAUGUACUAGAUGAGAAGCCAGAGAAGCUGCCAACAGAACCCUUCAGUGUGGAUGACCCCAGCCAUGCUCCUCAAAUGCCUUCAGACUAUAAUACUCUCAGCUUCUCUAGUCUAGCACUUGCUGCCAUAUCGCGGGGCUUGCUCCGUGCAACGCAAAGUAUGAGCCCGGAAGAUCACCAACCCGAAGAGACCCAGGGCCUAGACCUGUUGGCUCAUCUUGUUGCAGGGGCGUCUAUUCCGUCAUCUGUUUUUAAACUUGUCUCACACUUACGAGAGAAUGCAGAAGCUAUUUGUGCUGGAGUGCAACCCCAUAGUAAUUAG